AUGCUUUCCUUCGUCUCUUGCAUCAUACCGCUACUCCUGCUCGGCUCAGCCUCAGUCUUGGUUGAGUCUCACAUCAUUGGAGACGUAGCCAUCUCACCCCAGUGGCUGAAGAACGGACCCCUGUUGUCCUUCGAGAUCCCAGAAGGACCCGCGGGAGCUAAGGAUGGCUCAUAUGCCAACGUGACGUUACAAUACCGGGCGGCUGGAGGCGACGGCAAGCUCUGGAAACUGUACAGACCAUUCAAUAUCAAUCUCGAGAACCCCGGCGUCGAAGACUUUGGGAACCCUUCAUGCCGCCUUGAGCGAGCCUCGGAGCAGAUGGGGGCUAAUAACAUCUUCAUGAUCAAAGCCGCUCCCUCUUACUUGUACCCUUGCCACUUUGAGGACAAAAAAGAGAGAGAUGCCGUCUGGGUGGUGUGUUCGGGGAAUAACAAGCCGGCAACGUGUAUCCCGUGGACCUCGGCGGAAACGAAGGCAGAGAUGUUACUUGCGGUUGAGCUGCCUCCCCCGAUCACUAAAAUUCCUAAACUGUAA